AUGGCUGAGCCUAGUGCCACUGUGAUAGAGGAUGUCAACAAGGCCAUGAUCAGGGCCAACUCAGGAGAAGACAAGAAUGAAACAGCUUUGUUAAUGAUGUCUCCUAGCAUGAACUGGGCAGAAUUCCUUACACCAGCACCCAUGUCCAUCGCACUUCUGGGGCAACUGAUGCUGAUAGCUGGAGAAAAGGAUUUCUCACUGGAAAGUCAAAAGCCGAAGGACGGUUUCCAGUUCAUCCAGCAUCCAAGAUCAUUUAGAGCAUGUCUGGUGCAAGUGAGCAACGCUGGAUGGCGAGCUUUCAAUGAGGCCCAUAAGAAUAUGGAUACCAUCCGGCUCUAUUCUGCAAAAGUACCUGGGCAAGUGAAGAAAGUUGUUCGCACUCUUGUCUCUGGAAGCAAGGAGGAUGUGAAAGACAUCCUUCCCAUCGAACUAAGGAAAAUUGAGAAGAAUGCUUCAGAAUCCUUGGAAUUAGCAAAAGCAGUUGAGAGCAAGUUCGAGAAUGUGAUGCAUCUGACUGGUGAGCUACUGGAGGUUUCUUCAGCUGCCAAGGGACAUUUUCAAAACACCCAAGUAGAACUGCAAACGAAAAGAGAAAUUGCCUUAACCAAAGAAAAAUCGGUCCGAGAAGAAAUAGAAAGGGCAAAAGAAGAACAAGAUAAGCUAACCAAACAAGUCAAAGAGGCAAAAGCACAGUGGGAAAAGGCUGUAGAUUCCAUGCCGAGUGGAUGGGACCUUGUUGGUAUGCAAUUUGUCGAGGGAAUCACAAAAGCUUUUACAACUACGAGAGGGAUGAACUCGUCGUCUGCCCCAUCACAUGCAGACCCAAAUCUGAGGGUGGAUCCUAGUGAAAAACAGAGCGCAAAAAGAGUUUCGAAAUUACCAACGCAAGCAUUAGUCAAAGCAGAACUGAUGAAAGUUUUUUCAGCCAAGUUGGUGGAAGUUCUUGCGACAUUUCAAGACAAAAGUAAUGGAGGCGAGCCAGCCAAAGACAUUAAAAAGACAAGACUUGAAAUGGAAAGCUUGCAAAAAGAUUGGUCCACCGAGCAAGAAAGUAAAGACGACCAGGAAGGCUUAAAACUGCUGUCAAGGGGUUUGGAGAUAUGCAUGGAAGCGGAAAAAGAGUUGGAAGACCUCAAUUUGUCUAAUGAUAAGAUGAAGAAAAUUGCUAAAAGAGCAUCGAAACUAAAAGAUGACAUCUUCAAGUUCUGCACUAAAGUUCAGACAAAAGUGCAGACCAAUCCUCUCUACACCAAGCCACCAAGACAAGCAAGAAACAUGGCUGACCCUGCAAAGUCUGCAUCAUCAAGUGCUGCUAACAUGGCAGUUGAAAGUGCACGGUUUAAAAUUGCUGAAACGAGAGGCUUGCUAGAAAAACAAGAGAUGCUAUAUGACGAAGGAAACAAGCAGCUGAAGGAGAGCAACAAGGAGCUAAGUAAAGUUCUUCAAAGCCUUGUGGAAUUCAGCCCAGAGAAGAUUGCUAACUUUGACCAGAUAAGAGAGACAUUGAAAAAAGGCAUCAAGGCUCUUGCUUCAGUACGCGAAAGGUGGCAGAAACUGGUGGAGUUCUUCCAGUGUAUUACCAACAUCAUCAAGGUGUGUCAAAAGGAGAGCCUAACAAGUUUUGUUGAAUAUUCCAAAGUCGCCCAAGAAAGAAGGCUGACUAAGGGCUACACUGACACGGAUUUCAUGCGUGACCUCAUCUACGAACAAGUCAGUCAAGCUAAUAAGACCUCUUAUGUUGUUUGGUCCAUUUCAAACACCUAUGUAGAGGUGUCACGUAAUCACUUGAUGAGCCGAUUGGCCAGCCUUGGUCAUUUGAUCGCCUUGGACCCAGAAAAAGACAGGGCAACCAUUGAGGCAAAGAGGAUAGAGCUCCUGGAAGGAAGUCAAGAGGCUGAAAGAGCGAUUAUGCAGUUGGUAUCAGAGGCCCAGAAUACUUUCCAUGAGAAGGUAGGAGAAAGGAUCAAGCAGUUUGAAGAGGAGAUGGAGAAAGUUCUCCCACCAGAAGAUCCAGCCAGAAUAAAAGAAAUAAACGACUCUGUUGCAAAAGCCGUCAAAGAGGCAGAUGAGGAACUAAGCGCGGAUUGCUUUUAAGAUUGGCAGACCUGUGCAGAAAACUGUGUGCAAUAAUUCAAGUAUUAAUUGCAGCUGAAAUCCUGG